AUCUUCCGUCUCCGCACCGGCCACAUACAGCUCAACAAGCACAUGUCCCGCAUCGACCCCUCCAUCUCACCCCUAUGCCCGGGAUGCCACUCCGCCCCGGAGUCGGUGCACCACUUCCUAGCCGCCUGCCCAGCGUACCGAGCGGCUCGGGACCGCCUCCAAGGCGCCAUGCGCUCCCGCCGAGCGCUAGACGUCAACAAGCUCCUCAGUGACCCCGAGCUGGCGCGCCCCCUCCUGGCAUACGUCCACGCGACGGCGCGAUUUAGCUCCUCCCUCGGAAGCCUAGAACCCCCCCGUAACCCUGCCUAG